AUGACUUCGUCGAGCGUAGGCCACCAGGGCCUCUCCGACAAACAGAGCGCUCCCACCGCGCCUUCCCAGUCGCCGCAUCACUCUGCGACGGUACCUACGACUACGGAUUCCACAGGGCUUGUUGCCUCCGAUGCGGCUGAUGCGGCCGAGGCCUCCACAUCGCCGACCGCUCCUGCAGCACCUCAGAACAACUCUGCCAAUGGGUCCUCGACCACAACAAAGCGACCAACUACCCCCGCGAAUAGUACUGACGUAGAUCAUGCGCACAGCAGCGCGCAGGAUGCAGCAGCAGCAGCUCAGACGCCGGUCACCACGCAAGCCAGCGCAUACCACACCGCGACACCGACGGCGAGUGCCAGCCAACUCGACGCACUUCAGCAGACGCAAGACGCUGCCAUGACCAACACGGGGCACUAUACCACUUCGACACCCUUCACACCCGUCGCUUCGUCAGGCAUCGACCACCAUGCCUACAUGAUGAUGGCUCUCGCUUCCAUGUCCAAUGCGCCCUCGGCAAUGUCGCCCCCGCCUACCGUCACUCCGUCCCAAGUGACGCUGCCUAACCCCAUGGAUGCCACCAUAAACGGACUGGCUCCUAGCAAUGCUGUUCGUCCGCCUGGCGCCGAAAAGGGCCUCGAAUCCUUUGCGCGAAUAGAGUUUGCCGAUUCCGUCUUUCAGAUGACAACAUAUGCUGUCAUUAUCGGCCGCGACCAGCGCGCUAUGGAGCAGGCCCGCCGCGACGAAAAACGCGCAGACGUUCAUAAACGUCGCGUUGAGGAGAACGCCAGCAGAGGCUUGCCUCCACCCUCGCCUAUGAUGCACGAUCGUAGCAAGUUUAGCAAGUCAUAUGUGUCUGAAGAAGGCGGUAUGCUUGGCCCCGAAUCCGAUAGCGAAGAGAGCGGUCGGCCAGCGAAGCGUCGCAAAACGAGCACCGCCGGCUCAUCCCAGCAAGAAAACGAAGAGAAUCCCGACAACAUCAUCUCCAAUCGCCAAUACGUCUCCCAUACCCCCGGCGCAGCUGCCGUCGACCUCACAUCAUUACGCCCUUCGCCUUGGCACGUUCCUUUUAUUGGUAUUCACUCUCCUGGCCCCAACAUUGCGAGCAAGACCAAGGCCAUCUCUCGCGAACAUCUCAAGAUUGCAUACAACCAACAAGAAGGUGUUUUUGAGGCAAUCCCGCUGCACAAGAACGGCUUCUUUUGCGAGGACGUCCACUACAAGAGCGAAAAGGUGAUACUCAAGUGUGGCGACCGUCUGCAGAUCAAGGACAUUGACUUUCGCUUCAUAAUCAAUGGCGUCGAAAAGGGCAGGACUGGCGCUGAAGAGUAUCUCGAGGAGGAAAAGAAACCCAUCAAGAAGAGACAAACGCAUGGUGGCAAAGAGAUGAGCUUCGAGUUUGAACAGACCCAUGGCAACGGGCAGAUUCAAGAAACUAGCGAUGAGCUAUCAGAGGUCGAUGGCUCGCUGCCCGAACUGUCCGACCUUGGUGAAGAUGGUGAUGGCGACGAGGAGAUGGCCGAAGAAGACAGUCUCGAGGGUGAAGAGGCAAUUAAGAACGAAGCAUUUGGAGAUCAGUCGGGUCUCCUCAUGCCGGGAUUGCCCAAGAAGAGAGGCCCUGGAAGACCGCCAAAGAAUGGCAUCAUGUCGAAACGCGAGCAGCGCCUCCUCAAAAAGCAGCAGCAAGAGAUGGCCAAGAAGACGUUACCACUGCCACCCCCCGUCGAACCACCUAUUAAGCGCAAGGUUGGUCGACCACGCAAGCAUCCGCUGCCAGAGAACGCCGGAGACCAGCCGGAGAAGCGCAAGUACAAACCCCGCAAACCUCGUGAAGAUGGUGCUGAGGGGUCCGACGCCGAAAGAAGAGCGCGCGAGAAGAAGGAGAAGAAAACUCGUCCCAAGUCGCCACCACUGGAGCUCAAGAUUGAAGACUAUACCGAGGAGCAGCUUCAGAAGCCCAACAAGAAUUACGGCGUUUUAAUUGACGAGACGCUGACCGCCGCUGGCCCGGAUGGCCUCACGUUGAAGCAGAUUUAUAAGAGAAUCUGUCAAAGAUACCCGUGGUUUUAUUUCCAUACUGAAACGAAAGGCUGGGAGAGUAGUGUCCGUCACAAUCUCAUUGGCAAUGAGGCGUUCAAAAAGGAUGAGACGACCAAUCUGUGGUCGCGUGUUCCCGGAGUGGAAUUAGACGCCGGAAAGAAGCGCAAAGCUUCGUCUCCGGACAGAACAAUGGCUGCACAGGGUUAUGGUCCAUAUUCAUAUCCAUACAACGCGCACCAGCAGCACAUGGCUGUCCCGCCUGGUUAUGGACAAGGUCAAGUCACCGGCUAUCAGGUGCAAGCAUAUACUGGUCAGCCUGCCCAACAGCGACCACCACAAUAUGCGUCUCCUGUACAGCAACAGCCACAGCAGCCACAGCAGCAGGUGCAGCAGCAGAUGCAGCAGCAGCCACAGCAGGUACAACAGGUACAGCAACAGCCGCAGCAUCAGCGUCAGCAACAACCGCAACAACCCCCUGCCCCGAUUGCGGCUCAGCCACUAGCGCCUACGCAGAUUGGUGUAUAUGGUCCCCCUCCAGCGCCAGCAAGACCGCAAAUGGGAGCACCGCAGCCCGGCUCUUACAGCUCACCAUAUGCUGCGCGACCUCCUCCGGCCGCAAGUCCCAUGAAGGCAGAGGCGCCAGCAAAACCGAUCGCUUCUGGCCCUUCAGCUGCCGUAAAACCAUCACCUGGUCCCAGCGGCACACCCCAGCCGCAGCCUGCCGCUGCAGGCAAGGCACCAGCUUCAUCGGCUAGCCCUGCUGCGAUACGGCCCGUCAUCGAGCCACGAUUACUUCAAGCGGUUGUUGGUCUCAAAAAUGGUCUUGUCGACAACCUCAAAAAGGCUCGCAAUCCCAAGGCCGAGGCUAUCGUCAUGUCGGCGCUGAACCGCUGCGUCGGCCUAAAGAAGGAAGCCACCGAAAACGAUAAGAUGGAAGCCAUCUGUAUCAAAGGCAUUCGUCAAGUCAUUGAUGGCUUCACAAAGAACAAGAGCCCCACGCCGGGUGGCACAGCACCCAAGGACCCACCUCCAAUUUUCGAUUCAAAGGUCCUCUCGUCACUCAACGGUUUCAAGGAAGUAUCCAUAAAGGCACUCAAAGUCCGACUCGGAGAAGCAAAGGCUGAAGCCGUGACGCUUUCCGCGAUUGAUCGGGUGCUUGGUUUCGUUGAAGCAAGUAUUCUCCCUCCGAGCGGUGAGGGUGAGACGAGCAGUAACUUUGAAGGAGUCGAGCAGCAUCUGAUGAAGUCCAUCAGACAGCUCCUUAUGGGUAUGAAUCAGAAACUGGGCCAGCCGGCCUAA